GUUUCGGAGAAGGAUGUCCAUCAGGGGCCAGGUCCUGCUCUCGUGACACUGCUGCACGGAUCAGAGGUCCAGGCAGCCCUACAUGCAGCUCAUGGGCAGAGGCAGGGCUCUCGCCAGGAUGAAGGACGACGAGAGCCUGUCAGAGCCCCUGCUGGUGCCUGGGCAGGAGCGUGGUCCCUGUGGAAGCUCCUCCAAAGAGAAGCACACAGGAGUCUUCGGGAGAGUCAGGGGAGCCUGGGCAUCCUGUUGCCAGGUGCCUGCAGCACCGACGUGGGUGCGAGGCCUGGCUCCUCUCACUUGGCAAUGCUCUGUGUGGUUUCUGUUUUGCAUUCUCCUGAUCGUCAUGUUGGCUCUGCUUGAUCAGACAUGGUUCUUGUCAAGCCCGUACAGGCACCAGAGCACAAUGGUCAUCGGGCGCUGUGGGCAGACCACGCCCUGCAGGCACCCAGAGCCGCCCCGUCCCCAGGAGCUGAGCGUCGGGAGCCUGCUGAGAGCCCGGAGCCAGGCCCAGCGCCCGGGGGCUUACCGGGACUGCCUGGACGUGGCGCUGCGCGAGUUCCGCCGGGAGCCGGCCAUGGUGCAGAGCAACGCCCGGCUGAUGCUGGACUGUAAUGGGACAGCCCAGGCUUUCCAGUCUGGGAAGGGGCAGGCCCAGAUCCAGGUGGCCUGGAUCGCUGGCAAGGCAAAGUACAACAUUCAAGUCAACAGCACUGAGGCCUACGUGUCCAGGCUGAAGCUCAGACAGUUCCCCCUCAAUCUCACCAGCCUGCUAAGUGUGCAGCAGGACCUCACCUUCCGUAGGGCCCCGGAGCUGGUGGGACAGUGCCUGGAGCGGGCAGUGCAGGAGGUCUCACGGGAGCUGGAGUGCCUGCUGUGGGACGCUCAGCUGGUGGUGACGUGUGGGGGCGCCGAACUGACCUUCGUCUCUGGGGAGGGGCACAGAAAGAUGAAUGUGUAUGCCGAUGGCAAUGGGACGGUCCAGUACUGGGAGCAGCCGGUCGGGGGAGUAGGGUUGGCAUUUGGCGUCAUGGGGCCAGAUCCCCACUGUGGUGAAUUUGCUGUGGCUCUAUCAGAGCCACUGGGACCAAAUUCCCAGGUGGUGCAGGACAGGCAGUGCCCACUGGGCUCUCCCCUCGCACUGACGUAA